UGAUCAUUUAGCAGCAAUAAGAUUUUCUUUUCUGUAAGAUGAUCAAUUUUGGACUUCGAGACAUGGUAAAUAUGAAAUUUGAUUUCUGCGGGUGGUACAAGAUUAUUGUGCGGGAGUUUUUCACCUCUUCUGUAAACAAGAGAAGGGAACUGUCAAUUGGUCCUGAUAAGGAAGGUUGACAAUGUAUGUAAUAUAGCCUUAGAAGGUUUAGAAAGUUUUUAGUUUUUAUGGCUGAUAGAUUUUAGUGUCAUCAGUAUCUAUCUUAAUAGUGUUAGCUCAAGGGGUAUGAUUACCUGCAUUUAAAUUACUCAGGUGCCAGCAACCAGAUUUGGUCAGGUGGCACCAGGAAUUUUAGUCUUUUUAGCUGAACUAUUUUGAGCAUUAUUUGUGUAGCAUACAAUUAUCUUUAUAUUAAAUGACUGGGUUCUAUCAAUGUCAAUCAAAAGGACAAAGGGGGAUUACAAAGUUUUCUUCAAACCUUUAGUAAACUUAAUAAAGACGAAUAUUGUAAGUUUGGGACAUGUUAUUCGUUUUCCUUAUUUUGUUUUUCGCAGCAGCAGAAGCUCAUUGGUGAUGGCAGACCUUAAGGAGCGUUUGCUCCCACCCAAACCCGCAUCAGCAGUGAAUCUUAGAGAUCUGUCGUAUAGGCCUUCUGCCUCUGGUCGACAACCAUUUCAGGGAGUGGAUGUUUCCAGCCUGAAAAAGCGUGGGCAAGGCCUUCGGUCUUGGAUACGUGUUGAUGCAUCUGGGAAUUCUCAAGUGAUUGAGGUUGACAAGUUCACCUUGAUGCAUCGUUGUGAUCUUCCUGCACGUGAUCUACGGUUACUAGACCCGCUGUUUGUUUAUCCCUCAACUAUUCUUGGAAGAGAGAAGGCAAUUGUUGUCAAUCUUGAGCAGAUUCGAUGUAUCAUCACUGCCGAUGAAGUUUGGCUCUUAAAUUCUCUUGAUAGCUAUGUACUGCAGUAUGUUGCGGAGCUGCAGAGGCGACUGCAAGCUUCUGGAGCUGCUGAAGUUUGGCAAUCAGAUGGUGCUGAAUUGAGCAGAAGGAGAGGAAGUAGAAAUUUUGAUAAUAUAUAUGGGAACACAUCACCGGAUUACUUGCCAUUUGAGUUCAAAGCUCUUGAAGUUGCUCUUGAAGCUGCCUGUACCUUUCUGGAUUCUCAGGCAGCAGAACUAGAGAUUGAAGCAUAUCCAUUGUUGGAUGAACUCACGUCAAAGAUCAGUACAUUGAUCUUGGAACGAGUUCGUCGAUUGAAAAGCAGACUUGUUGCGCUGACUAGGAGAGUUCAGAAGGUUAGAGAUGAGAUAGAACAGCUAAUGGAUGAUGAUGGAGAUAUGGCUGAAAUGUAUCUUACAGAGAAGAAAAGUCGGAUGGACUCAUCAUUUUAUGGUGAUCUUUCUUUGAUGGGAUACCAAUCUAAUGAUGGUGCAGUUUCUUUUUCGGCACCAGUUUCUCCUGUUUCCUCACCUUCUGACAGCAGGAAGCUCGAGAAGAGUCUGAGCAUCACCCGGAGCAGGCAUGAGAGUAUGCGGAGCUCGGAGAGUGUCAAAGAGAGUGUAGAAGAGCUUGAAAUGUUGUUGGAGGCCUACUUUGUUGUCAUUGACAGCACCCUUAAUAAGUUGACAUCGCUGAAGGAGUACAUUGAUGAUACGGAGGACUUCAUCAACAUUCAACUGGAUAACGUUCGAAACCAGCUGAUACAGUUCGAGCUUUUACUUACUACUGCAACAUUUGUUGUUGCAAUAUUUGGUGUUGUUGCUGGGAUAUUUGGCAUGAACUUUGAAAUACCAAUGUUUGAUGAUCCAGGAGCAUUCAAAUGGGUUCUGAUGAUCACUGGAGUCACUGGAAUAGUCAUAUUUUUCUCAUUUUUAUGGUUUUUCAAGUACAGAAGAUUGAUGCCACUAUAGACAGUAGACAAAAUAGCAAGCAUUUUGAUUCCAUGUCAAACAAUAGCAAAAAGAAGGAAAUGAUAAAAAAUUCUGCAUUGUUAUUUGUAAUUAUUCUUCUGUGUAUAAGAAUCUUGUUUCUUGAUGUAUAUUAUCCAUAUUAUCUCAAA